AUGUCCAUCGGCCUGUCGGUCGAUUACGUGGUGCACGUGGCGCACGCCUUUGAGCACGAGGAGGGGACGCCGGAGCAGCGCAUCAAGGCCGCGCUCCAUGGAGCGACUCACGCGUGCAUCGGCUGGUCGGUGCUCAAGGGCGGUGGGUCCACCUUCCUUGGCGUGGUCGCCCUCGCGGGUGCGGAUUCCGAAAUCUUCCGCACGUUCUUCAAGAUGCUCUUCUCGACGGUCCUCCUCGGUCUGCUGGCUGGCCUCGUCCUCUUCCCCGCCUGCGUGAUCUUCGUCGGGAAGUGGAUCACGCCAAAGUUGCUGGAGAAGACACCGGCCGGUGUGGCGCAAGCGGACGCCGUCGCGAAGCCGGCGGCGGCGGCAGAGCCGCCCGCCCUUCAAGCCCAACUUGAACGGUACUAG